AUGGAAACAGGGAAAGUGGGUGGGCUCCACGUUGAAGAGAAGCCCAAUUCUGCGACUGAUAACAUCCGGGGCCAUCUUCGCAGCGGUGAGCCCGGUGCCGGGCCUGAAGGGCGUCGGUUCGGGCUCUGCGCUUGGGAUGGACGAGCCUGGCAACUGCACGGCGCGCCGGGGGGCUUCGUGCUGCAAGUAGAGGCGCCGGCGGCGGUCUUGACCCCGUGGCUGAUUCCGUUGCCCACCGCAGGCUGGCUGCGGGCUCUGGGCGCACUAGUCCUGCUGGCUCUGUCGGCGCUGUUCAGUGGCCUCCGCCUGGCCGUGCUGUCGCUCGAUCCGAUGGAGCUGCGGGUACUGCGCAACAGUGGCUCGGCUGCAGAGAGGGACCAGGCACGCAAGGUAGAGGCUGCGCGCGGCCGAGGUGGAAGCGGCACUUACCUGCUGUGCACACUGUUGCUCGGACAGGCGGGUGCCAACGCCACGCUGGCGGGCUGGUUAUGUGCUGCUCUACAAGCCAGUCACAGUUUCCUGCCCGAAGUAAGCCAAGGUGUGCCGUGGCUGCCUGUCCUGCUCUGCACCGGUGUCGUCUUCCUGGGUGGCGAGGUAUUGCCCUACUCUGUUUGCUCCCGCCAUGGGUUAGCCAUUGCUGCACACACGCUCUUUCUCACCCGCCUGCUCAUGGCUGCCACCUUCCCUAUCUGCUAUCCACUCAGCCGUUUGCUAGAUUGGGCCUUGCAUCAAGAGCUGAGCACCUUCUCCACGAGGGAGCGCCUGCUGGAGACCCUGCGGGCUGCUGACCCCCAUGGUGAUCUUGUGAGUGAGGAGCUAGCCAUGGUACAAGGUGCGCUGGAGUUGCGCACCAAGGUGGUUGAGGACAUCUUGACACCCCUGAACGAUUGUUUUAUGUUGCACUCUGAUGCCAUACUUGACUUCACCACCAUUUCUGAGAUUCUUCGCUCAGGCUAUACCCGCAUCCCUGUAUAUGAAGGUGAGCGACGAGACAACAUUGUCGACUUGCUGUUUGUCAAAGACUUGGCCUUCGUGGAUCCUGAUGACUGCACUCCACUGCAGACAGUUACCCGCUUCUAUCACCGCCCGCUGCACUGUGUCUUCCAUGACACCCGCCUAGAUACGCUGCUCGAGGAGUUCAAGAAGGGUAAAUCACACCUUGCAAUCGUGCAGAGAGUGAAUGAUGAAGGGGAAGGAGACCCUUUCUAUGAGGUGAUGGGGAUUGUCACUCUGGAGGAUGUGAUUGAAGAGAUAAUCAAAUCGGAGAUUCUGGAUGAGACAGAUCUCUAUACAGACAAUCAGAAAAAGGAAAGGAUCCCCCAUCGGGGUAGGAAGCCUCAUGAUUUCUCCAUCUUCAGACUUUCAGAUAGUGAGAUGAGGGUGAAGAUCUCCCCACAGCUGCUGCUGGCUACUCAUCGCUUUAUGGCUACAGAGGUGGAACCUUUCAAGAUGCCACAUCUCUCAGAGAAGAUCCUGCUACGGCUGCUCAAACAUCCCAAUGUCAUCCAGGAGAUGAAAUUUGACCACAAAAACAAGCGAGCACCUGAGCACUAUCUUUACCAACGUAACCGGCCAGUUGACUAUUUUGUGCUCAUCUUACAGGGAAAAGUGGAGGUGGAAGUGGGGAAGGAAGGACUGCGAUUUGAGAAUGGUGCCUUCACAUACUAUGGUGUCCCAGCAAUCAUGGCUGUCAUCUGUUCAGAUAAUGAUGGGCGCAAAAUGAGCAGCCUGGCUGGGUCAUCUUUCCUGUUGAAUCAGUCCCCAUCCCGUUGCAGUGGAUUAAAUCGCUCCGAGUCUCCUAUUCGAGAACGUAAUGACUAUGGAGGCAGCAGCACCCAACUCCAUAGUGGCAGCAACAACAACAUAUACACUCCAGAUUACUCUGUUCACAUUCUUUGUGAUGUACAGUUUGUCAAGAUUACUCGGCAACAGUAUCAGAAUGCAUUGGCUGCCAACCGCAUGGACAGCUCUCCCCAGACCCCUGACACGGAUGUUUUCAAUGAUGGUGAUUCCACAAAGGCUCCCACAGUUAGAGGCACCCCACAGACACCCAAGGAUGAUCCUGCUAUUCUCUUGAAUGAGAGAAGCAGCAUUGUGGCCAGCAAGUCAGAUGGGAAUGUGAAGAGCCCCACAGACUCUAUGUUUCUGCACAUGGAGGGAAUCCCUCACAUUCAGGAAGAGCUGACAGGCAACCCAGAAAUCAGCAUGCAGAAAAAUGAGGCCUGUAUUGUCAGGCUGGAACCUGAGUCCUCAAGCAGGGAAAUGGAGCUCAGCACAUCUCCAAGUGGUCCUCAGGAACCCCUGGGAAAGAAGUUACUUCGGACACUUAGUGGAAGGAGAAAGCCUUCGGCAGAUAGUGAAAAAAGUUCAGAUGAUAAUACUAACUUCACAUCGCUCAUCACAUGAGUGGCGACAUGGCUCUGCCUUUCUCACAGGUCUGCAGCAUGACAGCCGACUGUGACAAGAUUCAUGUGUAUGUUACAGCACCUGCUUCUCUAACAUUAACUACCCCUUACCUUUAGGGCUAGAGAGACCACAGCCCUUUAAGCUUGAGAGGUGGCAUCAACAAAUAUGAGAGCUGAAAAAGUCUCAGGAAAAAGUGGAAAUGAGAACAGUAUGUUGGCGGAGUGUGAGGAUUCCUCUAAGUAGCUUAGCAGGGCAGUGUCCUCACCGUCUCUCAAUUACUACCAUUGGGGAAAAAUACAAAGGAAGAGGGCAUACAGGCCUUUCCUGCUGGACAUGCCACUCCUUUCAUUAGUGUGGUCCAGGAGAGUAGAAUGAGUGCGUGUGUGUGCAACAACAUCACACCAUACACUCGCUCUGAAUUCAUCUGCAUCUGAGCAUUAUCCAAAUCUGCCCUAGACAUGUGGUGUUGGUAACCAGCAUCAGCAGGCUUUGGGCUGGCAGUCUGAAGUGCACAUCAUCGCACAAAUCACCUUGUCAUUUGUAACCUGUGAAUAAAUGGGCAUUUGACCCUAUUGAUAUUCUGACUUCCAGAUCAAUUGAGAAAAAAGAGGAAGGUUUGACAUCAGGUCUCUGGGAGAAAUAAAAUGCACCUGUUUUAAAUUAUUUAGUUCUUUUGAUGUGUAGCUUAAAGCACAUACAGGAGGGAAGGAGAGAGUAAAAGAACAUGCAUUACAAGUUUUGGUAGAGAUACCGUCAAAAUGUGGCCUUUAAGCUUCUUCUUGAUCAAACUCAAAAUUGAGGUCAUUGAUUGAAUGUUUAGAAGUGCUUUUGAAGUCCAUUUUCUCCAACUGUUUUAGCUGGUAAAGAUUUGAAAGUAGCACUACUAACAGUUCGUCAGUCACUUCUAAUAAGGGCAGGUCCACAAAGGUAUUCCUGAAAAGUUGCUUAUUGCAACUUCAUUGUUCUCCAAGGGAGAGGCAGUAUUUGCAUGUGAAGUAAAAUGAAAAAGUAGAUUUAUUCUGCCUCAAAAUAUAACCUUUAUUCAAUCCAAUUUCAAGGCCACCUAUCAAAAAUGUGUUUAACUGUGGGGGUAAAGUCGAAACUAAAUAGCAGGAAAAGCAUAUUCAGCUUCACACACUGUGCCAAAGAACAAACAAACUGCUAUAUGUUGUACUACAUUAUAAAAACCUGGACAACCAUUUAAUGGCAGCAAAGAGAUUGUUCUUUGCUGCCAACUAGUGUUCAUCUGGGGUUUAGUAGCCCAAAUCUGGUAACACUACAUCAUGACUUAGUGCGAUUAUGAUGUGAACAGAAUCGUGACCUUAGAUAUAACAGGAUGGUGGCAGCCAUACAAAGACUGUGGAAGAGUAAGUCUGCUAAAA